GUUCCAAACGCGCGUUCAAGUGUGACGGCGUCCCUGCUGCGUCAGUCACGCGCCUCCUCGCUCCCGAUGCUAUCCUUUUCCCAACAACCAGAAGAUAGAUGUUUCGAUUUCAGUCCCUGGAUGACGACUGUACGCUGGAGGAAGAGGACGAUGGGCUGAUCGAGGAGGAAGAUGAGAUCGACCAGUUCAAUGACGACACGUUUGGAGCCGGCGCCAUCGAUGACGACUGGCAGGAGGAGCACAAGCGGCUGGCGGAGCUGGAUGAGCGGGACGGGCUGGGCGCCGGGCGGGGCCUGGGGGGCGGAGACUCCUCCCCAGGCCCCGCCUCCGCCGCGGGUCGGCUCCCUCUGCUCGGCUUCUCCUCUGGGCCGCCGGGUCAAGACGCAGACGAGCGGUCGGGAGGCGGCGACCUGGCCGAGUCUCUGGCCCGCUUCAUUCUGGACGCCGACCCGGCCAUCGCCGGCGUCGGAGCGGCAGAGAGGCCCGGUUCGGCUCCCGGGCCGGCCGGCCCGGUUCUGUCGGCGCUGCGGGGCCCGGACCAGCCCAGAGUCCUGCAGCAGCCCGCCUCCAUCCCCCCCAAACACCAGCUGCCCCCGGGACCUCCCGCCUCAGGCCUGCCCGCCUCCUCCGUGCUCAGCUACCAGCAGCAGCAGCACCUCCUGCGCAGAGGAGCCGCUCCAAUGGGCCAGAUGAACUCUCACAGCAUCUGGGACAACAGCAUGGGCUUCGGGCCGGUCAGCGUCACGCCGGCACUCGUCACACACAUGGAGGACAGUCCACUGAUGUCCAUCAUCAAGGAGGUGGGGCUUCCGAAGCGCCCGCCUCAGGGGAGGAGCGACGAAGGUCACGACCUGUCAGAGAGGGCCCCGCCCCCCCGCUCCUCCUCUCCUGUGAUUGGCUCUCCUCCGGUGAGGGCGGUGCCUAUCGGGACGCCGCCCAAACACCCGCUGAGCCUGAACCAUCAGAUCCACCACCCCACGGCGGUCCAUGUCAGAGCCCCGGUCCAGCACCGGUUCCCCGCUCCGUUCCCUGAGCGCCUGUCCCCCAACACGCUGCUCAACUUAGCCAACUCUCCGUUGUGCCGCGGUCCGUUCCCUCCCAGAGUCGGCCCGGUUCUGUCUCAGCUGCAACGGGCUCAGCUGCUCAACUCCCAGGUGGCGGGUUUUCCUCGCGGCGGCCCCGGCCCUCCCCUGCUGGCCGGCGGCGGGUUCAGGCCCUUCUUCGGGGGCCCCCCUCCUCCUCACGGCCACAGGAUGGGCCCCCCGCCGCCCCACGGCCCCCCCAACCACACGCCGCCCAUCAGGCACAACACGACGCACCUCCACCCUCAGCACCGCCGCAUGCUGACGCAGCGCAUGCAGAGCCGCGGCGGCGACCGGGUCAGAACCGGGCUGGACCGCCGCAGCCGGGACCCGUACAGCAACCUGAUGAGCCAGAAGGAGAAGGAGUGGGUGACCAAGAUCCAGAUGAUGCAGCUGCAGAGCACCGACCCGUACCUGGACGACUACUACUACCAGAACUACUAUGAGAAGAUGGAGAAGCGUCAGGAGAAGGAGCGAGACAGCAGCAGCAGGAAGGAGCACACCACCAAGCUCAUCACGCCGCAGGUGGCCAAGGUGGAGCACACCUACCGGCCAGUUCAGUUUGCAGGAUCUCUGGGGAAGCUGACGGUGUCCAGCGUCAACAACCCGAGGAAGAUGAUCGACGCCGUGGUAACGACCCGCUCCGACGACGAGGAGAAGAGGGAGAAGCAGGUGUGGAACAAGAGGCGCCAGGUGCUGUACACCGUGGAGAAGAUGUACAGUUUGCUGCUGGAGGUCCAGGACUUUGAGAAACGCUUCGUCCAAACGCCAGAGGAGGACAGAGACGCCCUGAUGGAGCAACACAAGAGCAACACGGAGCAACUGAGCAACUCGCUGCAGGACGGGGACUGGGAGGACAGGGUGAGCGAUGAGCAGUGUGUGAUGAUCAUGUCGGUGAGGAAAGGGAAGCGGCUCGUCGCCAGGCUCCUCCCCUUCCUGCCUGCGGCGCAGGCUGCUGCCGUUGUCAUGGUGAUCGCACGCAACCUCCCCGCCUUAGCAAAGAAGGACAAGCAGGACCAGGCGUUGUGCUGCCUGGUGGAGCCGGUCUCUGCAGUCAUCCAGUCUCUGUCCAGCUCCGCCCUCACUGACCUGCUGCAGGAGCUGCAGGGCGGCGAGGGUCAGCUGGCCGCCGCGCUGCAGAACAAGUUCGGCGUGACGCUGCUGUUUCUGAUCCUGAGUGAAGGCGAGCGCAUGCAGAGCUCCGACCCAAACUGUCAGCUCAUGGACGACAAUCGAUGGACAGAGUUGGUGUUCUCUGUGACCAGGGAGCUGCUCGGCGUCCCGUCUUCAUCGUUGGCUCCGCCCCUCUUCACGCCUCCCAACCUGCUGUCUCUGUUCUCACGCUACGUGGAUCGACAGAGGCUGGAGCUGCUGCAGGACAAGCUACAGAUUUCUGCUUCAUCCAGGUAGAAGUUACUACAUCAUCAUCAUCAACAUGGCCCCUCCCCAGUCAAUGCAGAACUUCUGUGUGUGCGUGUGUGUGUGUCAGUGUGUAUAGAGUGUGUCAGGGUGUGUGUGUGUGUGCGCGCGCUCUGGAGGCGAAUCCAUUUGGAUC